CGGGUGCGUUUUAUGUGUCUCCGACGAUGGCGAGUGUGCUGCGCUGCCACGAUCUCGUGCGCCUUGUGGCGUCGUUCCAGGAUGGUCAAUACCUCGCCGUGCGUAGCUUCCUCCGCCUCCCGCGCAGCUGCUUUGCCGACCUGGACAUGCCAUCGGACGUCGAGUGGGGCCACCACUACGCCCGCGCGGUCGCAACCGACAACGACGUGGCCGCGUGGUACGCCACGUACGGCGUCCAUGGCCUUUUGCGCCUCGUCGCCGCCAACAUCCGGCCCUGCGUGCAUGGCAUCUACUACUGGAUCGUAGCAUGCCGCUGCGAACGCCUCCUGCAGGCGAUCGAGGUCGCGUGUCCAUCAGGUGCACCACGUGGCUUGCUUGACGUAGCCGCUGCCCGCGGCCACGAGACGCUCGUACGACGCCUGCAGUCCCACGGUCAUGACACAUGCUCGACAAACGCGAUGGACCUUGCGGCUGAGCGCGGUAGCCUUCGCGUCCUCAUGUACCUCCAGCGCCACCGCACCGAAGGCGCGACGUCUGUCGGUUUUGAAGCCGCCGUCCAACAAGGUCAUCUCGACGUGGUGCGUUUUCUCUACGAGCACUUCCCAGGUCUCUGUCGCCCCAACAUUUACGAAAUCGCGGCCGCGUACGGGCAACUUGACGUUCUCAAGUACCUCUGUCGGUACACGGCCCCCUUUGCAGUUUCCAUCCAGCGCGCCAAGCAAACUGCAGCACAGACUGGUCACUUUGAUCUGCUCCACGCCCUCCACAAGCUCUACCCACGGCCUGAGCACCUAGUGCCCAUUGCCCGGAAUGCGCUCAAGCGCCAGCACGUCGCUCUCUGCGACUUUUUCGUGCGCUCUCUCUGGCCCGUACGAGGAAGCUUGGAGGCCUACGUCGGUCGUGGCUGCGUCCAAUCGUGCAUCAUUGAAGCGUCUCGCGCAGGCAAUUUGCCAAUACUCGAGCUCAUCGACGUCUACGAGCCGCGCGUCCCGUGGCCCCCGGAGGCCCUCGAGCGCGCCGCCGCGGCGGGCCACGACCACAUUGCUCGCCUAAUUUCGUCGCGGCAUCCAGAGGCGGUGACGCUGUCGUCGACGCUAAAUUUGCGCAGCGACCCGCGUCUCGCAGUGCUCCACGGUCGAACGGAUGUCUUGAAGUACCUCGUGGAGCACCCGUGGGCGGUCCGGGACGGAGGGUGGGGCCCCGAGCUCCUCAAUCUGGCUGCUGCACACGGUCGGCUCGAUAUGGUCGCUCUUCUGCACACUACGCGCCCGGACGACGGCUGUACGAGCGCUGCAAUGAACCUCGCCGCAGGCUUUGGCCACUUGGACGUUGUCGCGUAUCUAAACGAGCACCGAACCGAGGGCUGCACGGACGACGCGCUGUGGAAAGCCAUGGGUCGCCGCCACUACGCUAUGGUGCAGUACCUCCACGCGCAUUGCGCAGGCUACUUUGGCAGCGACGCCAUGGCGGCAGCCAAGACCUUUCUCGGUGCGUCCGUGCACUGGGACCGCAAAGGCAGUCUUGGUGAGCUCGUCUGCUAGAUAUUUGACAAUCACGUACAAGGGCGAUAUGCCACGCGGGUUUUUGCAUCGCCACCGACUGCGUCCAUGAUUUUGUACUUGGUAGAGAUGUGUGCAGCAGCCGCUCUUCACAUAGUUAGUACACACUUG